UGUCCUUCAGUAGAAAUUUUUUGAAACGUAACAAAAUAAAUACAAGAAUUUACUUUUUGGCUUUUUCUUUCGCUUUUUAAGUUUAUAAUUUAACAACCUAAGAAGUUCUAGAGACGUGAACACUAUUGAGACAUUUUAAAGGACUACGAUUGACAAUUUAAAAACAAAGCUACAGCAAAGUGAGAUUUAAGCAUUGUUAUAUUUUGGAUUAAAUUGUGAUUUUUGCGACAUUUAAUUCAAAGGAUAAAGGGGAAUAAAGAGCACUUUACAUUCUGUUGUUAUAGCCCUUUAAGCUGGGUUGUGGUUUUCUAAGUUGCAAAACUUAGAUAAAUCUGUUGUUCUGUUUCUAUACUGUGGCUUUAUUACCAACAACCUUUCAUAAUUCUGCAAUGGAUAUCAGAAGAUAUCAAUACCAGUACAGCGUUGUCUCAGCAGUGAUUCUGUUGAUCGCAUGUGGACAGUCAGCUUUCGCGCAAUACAUUUCAUAUCAAGGUCCUAGCCAGCAGAGUAAUCCACUGGACAUUGCAUCCAUCCUUCAGCUCAUCUUUAAAGGUCAGUUCUAUGACAAAGUGGGCGUGUCAUCAGAGCCCACCACCACCACAACAUCCACAACGACGUCCACCACAAAGUCUGUAAACCUCAACAAUUACCUUAACGGGGACGGCAGCGUAAACAGAGACAGAGCUGGACUUCUACCCUCCUUCUUAACUACAACCACUAGAUCCCCAGCACAGGAUAGAGCCCAGGGCAAUACGCCCAGCUGGUUAGACAUCCUUCUUAGACGUUUCCCAACACAGACGAUCAAACCGCAGUAUCGUUCAUACGACGAAGCAGAAACCACUGAGGUCACCAGUGCCUCCUCCACCGCCACCACAAAAAAGAACAACGGCGCCCUCCUGGUGACCAAUGACGCCGUUUUUAUCUUCAACAGCAACAGCGCCAAGAGCACCCCACAACCAAACAAAGAGAGCCCUACGCCCAACACAAAGGAGAUCCAGGUCGAGGUCCAGGACAAGCCCUUCACCGGGGUGCCCAAAGAUUUCUUCGACCAUAAACAAAGGAAGAGGUCCGCUGAAAGAGACACAGACAUAAGAGAGAACAAGACAGAGGCACCGGAAACGCAUCAGACGACAGGAGGUUUGAACUGUUUAGCCUUGGAGCAGUUUGCACCUUGCGAGUACCACCGCCAGUGUUUCGCAAAGAAUGUCGAAAGCUGUCAGGUUCGGGGCUCGUACAUCGGUGACGAGGCGGACAGGUUGUGUCAGGCCGCUCAAAAGAUUGUAGGGUCAACACAGUCGGAGCCACUGAAAUCCUACAUCGCCAACUUAGACGAGUGUAUCAAGGAGGAGCUGGUCGCCAUCCUCGAGUCGCCCUCCUGCGACGACGUCACCUUGGUGCUGAGCGACGCCCUCCUUUACAGUAACCAGUCCAGUUGCUUGUACCUGAGCGGAGAGGUGUGCGACGUCAUCAACGACCCCUUCGCGCGACGAGAUCUGGCCCUGUUGUUCUCGGAGCCUUCAGCUGACCAAGACUUUAUGAUGAGACUGCUCAUUACGUUACUCCAGCUGACCUCCUACUGCCCAGGUGACUCCUCCAAGAUCUUCGUCACUGACGUUAUGAUGGAGGUCAUGAGUGCCCAGGCAAAGUACAAGCUUCCGGAACCGCCUGUUCCCAAAUUUUCUUGAGAAGCCUUCAGUACCACUGAAUUUAUUAUUGACAUUUAUUACUGUAUUCUGCACUUGUAUUCUCCUUCAUUUCCAGUUGGAAACUUGGUUCUUAAUUGAGACUUCUCCACCAUAGUGAACAAACAUAUAGGCAUGUAAUCUAUUAUUUAGACUGAAACUUUUGUUCAUUUUUUAUCCUUGCUUCGGUAUAUUUUUUCUCAACAUUGUCUUGAUCCAAAGUGUUGCCCUUUUUUUAAAAAUUAUUGUAAAACUAAAUGUCAAUAAACUAUUUAAAAAGUUUUGUUUCCUA